AGGGUAUGCAAGAUUAACAUUAAUCUUUAAGGCAGUGGUUCUCAAACUUUUUUAGCGUGCGGCCCCCUUGUGUACGGUGCAUUCCUUUGCGGCCCCCCAAAGAAAAGCAGAAACAAGUGGAUUAAAAACAACAAUACUAUGAAUAACUUAUCUGACCUUUUCCGCCAAAACAAGACAAAGAUGGCUACAAUCAAAGACCCAAUGAUGCUUCUCCGUCAUCUCAAGGAUAACGAUAUUAUUACAGAAAACCAAUAUAAAAUAUAUGAGCUCAAUAGCAAUGAAGACAGUGUGUACAAACUUUUGGAGUUUAUUGAAAGCCGUAAACAACCUCAUGUUGAAAAGUUCUGGAAGUGUGUAAACCAGGAGCAUAUUUUGUCACGGUAUCCUGAACUCUCUGAACUGAUUAAAAAUGUAAACACGAGGGGCUCGAAGGGCAAUGGUGAGAGUUACCAAGCUGGACCAUCAUCACAGAGCACUAACACCCAGAAGAAGACACCUGGACAAAUAAAAAAAAAGGGAAAAAAAGAUCUCAACAUCUUGAUUAAGCACAAGAAACUGCUGCCUGUAACAUGUGGGGAUAAAAAAGCUGUACUGGUCAGAAAAAGACUGUUCAAUGAAAAGAAUUUUAUUUACAUAGGGGAAAAGUACAUAACCCCUGGAGAACUUGAGAAAUUGGGUGGAAAGGGGACACAAAAAGACUGGAAAAAAAGCAUAAAAUGCUAUGGAUACACCCUUAAGACUCUCAAUAAGAUGGGUCUUUUAAAAUUGCCUAAACUUACAGGAAUGAAGGUUACUGCCCGUAAAUGACAUUUUCAUUCAUUCUAAUUUCAUAUUUUAUGGAUGUGCUACACUUUAUUUAAAAUUAGUUGCUGAAUGUGUCUUACUAAUCAUUCUUUCACUUACUAAUAACUAUUAACUAAAUACAAAUAUAAUA